CUUCUCCCUUCCCUUCCUCCGUCCCUUCCCCCCUCUCCUUCCCUCUCCCACUGCUCAAGUAGUUUUAAGAUAUAUACAAACGUUUAUGUCCACUUUUUUCUCACUUGUUCUGUUGAGAUAUUACAGAAAUUCAAACUGCUUAUCCCCCCCCCCCUUCCCUCCCCCUUGUGAUGUGUCAGGAGUUGAAGGCAGAGCUGGAGAAGUUGCGGGAGGAGCACGUGUACAUCCAGGGCAAGUACCUCUCCGUGUCGGAGGCAGGCCAGAAACACUUCACCAAAGCCAAGCAGCUGGAGGAAGCCAACGCUAAACUCAUCAGCCGGAGCAAAUACCUGAAAACCCUUUUAAAAGAAGAGAAAGAAAAAAGUUCUGCGAAGUCUUCAGGUGUGGAUGCCGCAGCCAAGACGGAUGUAGAUGGUGCAGUUAAGAUGGAUGUGGAUGCUGCAACUAAGACAAAUGCUGACGGCACGUCUUCGUCUAGGAUAGGUGUGAAUGGUACGAUGAAGAUAGGUGUGGAUGGAACGGCUAAGAUGGGUGUGGAUGGCACAACAUCUACAACAAGUGUGAAUAUUACCUCCAGGACAAAUGUGGAUGGUUUUGUUAGGACUGGAGGACAAGGGACGUCUGGGUGUCAGAAUGCUGGAACUAACAAGGAGGGGAGAUUACCGGUUCCAGGGAUGUCUGUACACGUGGCUACUUCGUCUAGAACCACUGUUGAAUGUACCGGUCUGAGAACUCCAGGCUCUGCUUCCAGGCUACGCAUUGAUCUCAAGAGAACACAAAGUUCUCCCGCUCUCCAAAGGUUUGGCUCGUCUGGGAAAAAACCUUUGCUCACGUCCAGCAGUCGUAGAGAGCUUGUGUUGUCAGCUCAUAAGGAGCAGCCAGCCUCUAACGGUAAAGAGACAAAGACCUCACCUCCCAACAGACAGCAGAGUUCCUCUAGCCGAACACAGCUGCCAGCGUCCAGUGGUAAAGAGCCCAAGACGUCAACUCACGAUAGAUUGAAGAAUUCCUCUAGCCGGACGGCACAGCUGCCAGCCUCCCCACCGAGCGCAGACACAGCGGGGCCGUCACAGAUCAGGAAAACGGUGUCCUCCUCCAAGCUGUUGACGAAAACUCCCGGUGUCAAACUGUCCCCUCGCGUGACACGAGGCUCGACCGCUCGACGGACCCGGGACAAGCCAGAACAACCAGCAGACCACGCAAAGCCUACAAUAAGAGAGGAAAUAGCAGCAGCGGAGAUUGGACCCCCACGCGUUACGCGGCGCUCCCUGGGCAAACGACAGUCGAUGGACGGGCCCGGGCCUGAUGGGGCCGGGGGCAAGAAAAGUAAACUGUCGCUGGCCGAACCGGACCCAGAACCUGCAGCAACCAAAGGAGGGCGGGGCUCAAAACUUCCUCUACCCAGGACCGCACGGGCUAAGAAAGAUAUGUCUUCCUGUGGAACAGCGCUGGCGACCAUCACCAACAGUCCCAAGAAAGUGGCGCCGAGAGGGAAGGCCGGACCCAGCGGUCUGCUACGUCUCAACAAAACUCCGCAGCGCAAACUUCCCGUGAGACAGGAGGCUCAGGACGAGGGGGCAGGGGAGUGCACCACGCAGUAGAAGGGGAGACAAUUCUUCUUGUACUGUGCCAGCCGCGGGGGAAACAUGCCAAGUGACCUGAAUGAUUAUUUAUUGAAUUGUGCCUGAAUGAUUUCCAUUAGUCCAUUUGUAAUUAUAGUCAUUUUCACAUGAAUCAUGAAUGAGAGAGUGUAGCAAUUGUACAUCAGCUUUUUAACUUCUGCCGUGGUCACAAGAAUGAGAGAGAGAGAAAAAAGUAAUUUUGUAGUUCAGUUUUGUAACUACUACCAUGGUCACUAGAAUGAGAGAGAGAGAGAAAAGUAAUAUUGUAGUUCAGUUUUGUAACUACUACCAUGGUCACAAGAAUGAGAGAGAGAGAGAGAGAGAGAGAAAAAAGUAAUAUUGUAGUUCAGUUUUGUAACUACUACCAUGGUCACAAGAAUGAGAGAGAGAGAGAGAGAGAGAGAAAAAAAAGUAAUUUUGUAGUUCAGUUUUGUAACUACUACCAUGGUCACUAGAAUGAGAGAGAGAGAGAGAAAAGUAAUAUUGUAGUUCAGUUUUGUAACUACUACCAUGGUCACAAGAAUGAGUGAGUGAGAGAGAGAGAGAAAAUUAAUAUUGUAGUUCAGUUUGGUCAUGGUCACAAAAAUGAGAGAGAGAGGCAGAGAAAAAAGCAAUUGUGGUGGUUGUUUUGUAACUACUACUGUUGUUUCAUGAAUGAAAGAGUGUUGCAAUUAUUGUUCAGUUUUGUAACUCCUGCCUUUUGUUUCAUGAGUGAGAAUGCAGUAAUUAUUGUUCAGUUUUGUCAUCAUUAUCAUUAUCACAUGUAUGAAAAGAGUGAAACUACUGCCAUUGUUUCAUGAAUAAGAAAGUAUAACAAUUGUAGUUUGUUUUGUCAUUAUUAUCAUUGUCACAUGAAUGAAAGAGUGCGGAACUUCUGCCAUUGUUUCAUGAAAGAGUGAGUGUAACAGUUGUAGUUCAGUUUUGUAAUUAUUAUCAUUGUCACAUGAAUGAAAGAGUGCGGAACUUCUGCCAUUGUUUCAUGAAAGAGUGAGUGUAACAGUUGUAGUUCAGUUUUGUAAUUAUUAUCAUUGUCACUUGUAUGAAAGAGUGUGGAACUAUUGCUGUUGUUUCAUGAAUGAGAGUGUAGCGACUAUAGUUUAUACUGCUGCCAUACUUAUUCAUUCACUGCUCAAUAAUUGAGAAUAAAUGUACCACAAACUAACCCACCAGACACUCCAUUACAACCCACCUGGCAAAUAUUCUCAUGGUCGUUUGACAAAGACUCGGCAGAGCUCUCUAAGCAGAGUAUUCCUUCGCUGUCAUUCAACAUUGUAAUGUGUCAAAAUCUUUAAAAAAUUAAAAUUGAAUACCCGUAUGUUAUAGAGUUUAAGGGGCGCGUCAAUUGGUUCUAGUCUUAUUCCUCUUCUCAAGAGAGUAAAGGAGUUAGACGAAUUAAACAUUUUGUAUUCACAAAGUGUUCUGUCCAAAAUAAAACUUUUUUGCUUCUCCAGAAUGCCUCAUAUUCUGACAUUUGACAUUGAUGAAUGACAGGGUUAGUUUGUGCUUGAGAGCUCCGGUCUUUGGUCUGAAUGACCUCAUUACUUUUUUCUUCCAAGAAUUACUCGAUGCAUCACUAAUGAUAGUGGUCUCUAAUUUGUUUGCUUUGAGCAAAUUUUAUGUGUACAUAUUAUUUUCCUUUGGUAUUUUUAGUUUGUAUUCAUAUACAUUUUAUGUGCAUUAUUCAACCUUUUAAAGAUAUUUGUGAGAUAAAAAUCAUACAAAUUUA